AUGCGCCCAACCACACAAUGUCUCGCGCCUGGCGGCUUCUUCUCGCGCAGCUUGGACGAGUUCAAGCGCCUCUCUCAGAUUGCCCUCAAGCUGGAAGGCCUCAGCUCUCCUCGCAAACCCUUUCCACUGGUCCGCUUCCAGACCGCUGAAGACUUGAAGCAAUGCAAGAAGAUGAGCGACCAGGAUAUCGGAGGCUUUUCCACAGUCAACUUCGACCACCACCCCGUUACCCAAACCGAACCCGCACACGCACGCUUCCACGGCACCAUAUCUACCCAACUACCCCACAACCAACCGCACGUUCAAAGGACGGGCUAUGCAGGGUUCAGGACACUUGAGCAGGGCCGUACUAUCUUCGGUCAAUCCUUCUGGGACGUGAGCUUGUACGGCUACUUGGCUCUUCAGUUCAAGUCGGAUGGUCGCAAAUACUUUAUCAACGUGCAGACCGAUUCAAUUGUGCCCACAGAUAUCCACCAGCAUCUGCUGCAUUCCAAAACACCAGGCGAGUGGGAGACUGUCUUGAUCAAGUGGAACGAGUUUGUGCGAACGAACCACGGCCAGGUUGUAGAGCCGCAGCGAGAGAUGCUGACACAGAAAGUGCGCACAGUGGGCAUAUCGCUGAUCGACAGGAUACCAGGUCCUUACGAUCUGAGCAUCGGUAACAUCUGGGCGACGAACGCGACUGACGAAGACGAUAUUCUGCAGCGAGCGCCUGGUGUUAUUCAAGGUCUUCCUGUUGGCUCGCUCAGACGGGGAGACUACAACAGGAACGUUGGGAGAAGGGACUCUGUGCAGGCAGAAUCUGAGCGCGAUAUUACCGAAACAAAUAGAUAG